AUGUUCACCCCAGUCCAUACCACACUGGGCGCGCUGUUACUAUUCCACGGCUCAUCCGGCUUGCUCAUUCACAACGGCGCCAUCUUCGGCAUAUCCUCUCUCCUAUCCGGCUGCGUCUUCAACCCGAGUCGUGACAAUGUGCCCAUCAUCGCGGGUUUGGUGUCGAGCAUUGUACCGGUGUACUUGCUCGCACCAUCCUUGAUCCCGAACUAUCCCGCGCCGCCACAUUCCUGGGCUUCUGCUGCAGCAACAUUGGGAGUAGGCUUCCUAGUAGGAUGGGGGACAAAGAACGGUCGAGGCUGUACCUCCGGACACAUGUUGUGUGGUCUUUCACGUCUCUCGCCCCGUUCAUUGAUUGCAACCGCCGUCUUCUUCACAACUGCAUUGUUCACGGCGAACUUUGUCGAGGGCGGAUCCAACAUCCCGUCUUGUGGCACGACCCCGUGCUAUACAGCCGUGUAUCCAUCUGGACCGGAGUUAGGCUUCAUGGCUGGUGCUGCGCUGCUGGCAGCCAUCACGAACUUCGUCGUUGUCCCGCGCAAGGUCCGUCGGUCGGAACAAUCUAGGGUCGUCUAUUCCUAUGUGGCAGGGUUGCAGUUUGGUCUGGGUCUUUUGAUAUCUGGAAUGGCGGAUCCAGCUAAGGUGCUGAGGUUCUUUGCCUUCUUGACUAACCCAUCCCGGUUUGAUCCGUCGCUGGCGCUGAUUAUUCUGUUUGGGAUUGGACCAUCCCUGUUCACUUUCCUGGCUGAGAAACCAGGUCAAGUGGUUGAAAAGGGAAAGCCUGCUGCAAGGCCUACCCUUGCUGAGAAAUGGCGACUCCCAACGGCCACGGUUAGUGAAAUAGAUUGGCGGUUUGUUGCAGGUGCUGCGACGUUCGGACUAGCCUGGGGACUGAAAGGGGUUUGCCCAGGCCCUGCAAUAUUGCGAACAGUCCUACAACCAACUUGGGGACUGAUCACGAUGGGUGGAUACAUGCUGGGCAACCUCAUUUAA